AUGUCGCGAUACUCCACCGUGCUCGACCAGAGCAGUCCGGACCAGGCCGUGCAGCUGCUGCAGUCGCGAAUCACCGAAGGUGAGUCCACCCUCAGCGAUCUGGCGUCCUUUGUCCACGACCGAACCAACAUUGAAAAGCGUUACAUCGAGGACCUUCAGCGAGUGGCGCAGCGCCAUGCGGCCAAAAUCGGCGCUCUCGACGAUGGAGACGUCGGUGUGAAUUCCGCAGUCAACUCGCUCGACGGCCUGUGGCGAAAGAUUGCCGUCAGAGACAUCAACGAGACCAUUGGAGCUGCUGAGACCUAUGUUCGACGGGUCAAGUCCGAGGUUGAGAAGCCGCUCAAAAACUUCCCCACCUCGCAGCAGGGCAACUGGGCCGAUGUCAAGGUGCUGAGCCACGGUCUCAAUGAAGUGUCUCGGUCGCAGUCCGAGUGGCAGAAACAGGCUCCCUACGUGUUCAAGCAGUUUGAGAGCGCCGAUACCGGCCGAGUGGUGUUCGUCAAGGACGCCCUCACCCAGUACCUGACUCUGUCCACCGACAAGUCGCAGCAGUUCACUCCUGUGGCCGAACGGCUUUUGAAUGACGUGCUCUCCCUUGAGCCUGAAGAUGACAUCAACGUCUUUGUCUCCGAGGCUCUUAAGAGAGGUCCUACUGGAGGAAAUGCCGGAACCAACGCCUCCGUCGGAGCUGGAACUGCCGGAGCUGCUGCUGGCUUUGGAGCUAGUUCUGCUGCCAACAACCGUCAAUCCACCUACGGGGGCGCUGCUGACACCCGAUCAGCCAACUACGCCCCCUCCACCACCUCCACCACCAACCCGCGGAACGCAUUCCGACGCAACUCGACCCGGGACUCGGAGUCCAUCUACUCGACCAACUCUGCACGAAACUCCACCCACGACGUGCCCACCACUCCCCAAAAGCGAGGAGACAAGCUGCGGUCCAAGGUCGGAUCCAUCUUUGGCAGAAAGAAGAAGGAUGACAAGAAACACGUUUCCACGCUGGGAACCAUCCGGGACCAGCCUGGCCAGAGCCAGCGAGCCCGCGAGGCCGACCGAGAGGCUCGUCGACUUGCCGAGAUCGAGGAACAAAAGGCCAUUGAGCGCCAGAUCCAGGAGGAUCGGGAAGAGGAGCGGGAGGCGGCCGAGCGACGAGCCGAGCGGGCACGUGAGCAGGCUGAGCGAACGAACAAGCAGCAGCCUCCUCUCCCCCCGGCCUCUCGAUCGCCCGACAUGCGAACCCAGAACGCUCAGCUUGAUACUUCUGCCCUGUCUUCUCAGUUGCAGUUUCCUGCAGCGGGCGGCCAGCAGGGCCCCCCUCAGUUCCAGGGUCAGGGCCAGCAGAAUCAGCAGAAUAUGCAGGGCGGCCAAUUCCAAGGUCAACAGGGACAGAGUCAGUUCCAAGGACAGGGCCAGUUUCAGGGUCAGACUCAUAAUGGCAGCCCCUUCCAAACCACCCAGGUCCAGCAGAACAGCCCUCCCGUGUCUCCUGGCUCGUCACCCUUCUCCCACACCCAGUCUCCCCAGCAAGGCCAGUUCCAGUCGCCUCAGCAGACCCAGCAGUACUCGCCCCAACAGCAGUUCCAUACUCCUCAGCAACAGUUCCAGAGUCAGCAGCAAUCGCAGCAGCCUUUUCUGCAACCCGGCCAGGAAGCUCCUUUUGACAACGCUGAUAAACCUCUUCCUCCUCCUUCUCGGCGACUGUCUGACCCUGAUCCCCAUGGACCCCCCAAGGUGGAUAUUCGCCAGGACGUGAUUGCCGAGGAGGGCGACGCCAACGAGGCGCUCAAUUCGGUGGCCUCCACUUUGCGAAACACCUCGCGAAGCGGCCGAGGACGUCGAGACAUUCAGUCCAAGUUAUUCACUGACGUCCAGCCUGCCGACAUUGAGUCCCAGGCUCCCGGUCUGCCUCCCAUUGACACCAACAACCUCAAUGGUAAUGGUCACGGAGGUCACCACGGCGGAGCUCUUGCUGGCGGAGCUCUUGCCGGCGGUCUUGCUGGAGGAGCUCUCGGGUCUACUUUCACUGGCAACUCUGAAGACUUCCACUCACCCAUUGGCCAGUCUCCUGCUCCCCUGUCCCACCAGUCCAGUGGUCUGCAAAGCCCCGCUGGCUACGGCUCUAUGCCUCCCCCUAAUGCUCCCUUUGCUCAACAGCAGCAGCAGCCCCUGGGUCCCGACAGCACCGGCGGCGACGCUGGCUCGAUUCGAUCGCUGCAGUCCACUCCUAACGUGAUCAAGCAUCCUGAGCUGCUCAUCUCUGAGGCCCUGGAGACCUACCCUCUGCGAGCAAGUAUCGUGGAGCAGAUCAAUGCCAACAUCACCGAGACGCAUUCCGACGUGUCUGUCAACGGAGAGGUUGCCAUUGCCUACGUUCCUCCCUCGUCCGCCCAUACCACCGACUAUCUGCAGGUGCGACUUCUGGAUCCCUCUCCCUUCGCCAAGUUUGGAGCGAACCCUUCUGCCGUUAUCAACCCUCCUUCUUCUCCUUCCGAGAACUCCUUGUACAACGUGAAUGCCCAUGCCAUUAAGGGCCGAACGUCUCUGGGCUUCAAGUACUCACUGACCCCCGACGCUGCUGCGCAGUCUCUCCCUGUGGUGAUCACUCCCAUCUGGCGAUUUGAGCCCACCCAGGCCAGACUCAUGCUCUCCAUCAAGCUGUCCCCCAGCUUCCCUGGAGAGGCAGCCACUCUUACGGGAGGUGUCUUUUCCGUCUCUGUGGACGGAGCCAACACUUUGGGAGCCCAAAGCAAGCCCGUCGGCUCAUUCUCUCCUGAACGUCGACGAAUCACCUGGCGUCUGGGCGACACCCAGCCCUUCAUCAUCCGAAAGGAUGCUGAGCAGCGGCUGCUGUGUCAGUUCAAGACCGAUGGAUUGGUGCAUCCUGCCGCUACCGGUGUGGAGGCUCGAUUCACUCUCACUUCUUCGCUGACCGAGGGCGUGUUUGAAUGGUCCGACGGAGGGGACUGGCAGCCCGUGGGCCAUCUCAAGAGCUUCCUGUCUGGUAAGUUCAACAGUCAUUAA